AUGGCGUCCGAUAUGAGCAAGUGGGACAAUGACAUGACCCUCUACCUCUUCACCUCCCUCACGGCCGGCUCUUCGCACAUCGUCACCGCUACCUCGCGCAUCGAGACUAUUCUGAGGGCGAACCGCAUUCCCUUCACCUACAUCGACACUGCCACAAAUGACGACGCCAGGAGGCUGUACAUGCGCAGGGGACAGGGCAAGAAGUUCCCGCUGCUGGUGAAGGAGGGUUAUUUCCUUGGUGGCAUCACUGAAGUUGAAGAGUGGAACGAGUUCGGCGAGCUUCUGGAUGAGAUUGGCGAUGUUGCUGAGCCCGAGACCUCCAUCGUUACUGCUCCCUUGAAGGCGGGUUUCGCUUCGCCUUACCCGCUGAACGCUGCCGGCGACAGGAAGUCUACAGCGACUGCGUCGUCCGGCGCCUCAAUAGCCUCCUCGAAGAAGGACAAGGAAAACGAUGAGACGCCCAGGGUGUCGCUCGAGGCAGCGCAAGCGUUCGGCAAGGCCGGCAGUGAGGCCGCGUCGAUUGCUGCCAGCAAGAAGAGCGCCCCCUCCAUCAAGUCUAACCUCAGCACGCACAGCACGCUUCCCGACAAGAGCAACGACUCACUGGACGCCUUCUCCCCUCGCCCCUCGGUCGACUCGGCUAUGCCACGUCCUCUCGGCCUCGGUGGCCCCAAGACACCUUCGCCCACCGGUCAGACUUUCGCUAGCAACACGGGUCCCACAACGAACCGUCAAUCGACGAUGACUGUGGCCACCAAUGACGCCAUCAAGGCUCUCGAGGAGGCCCUGGCUAUACCGGAAGACCAGGAGAUUGAUCUUUCCUCGCUUUCACUCCAGGAGGACGACAGCGUAUUGAACGAGGACGUGCCCGCCAAGGACAACGCUGGUUCGAAGGAGGACAUGACCAAGGUCGACUCGAUCAGCGCAAGCACCGCUGUGGUGGACGACAAGUCCUCCUUUGUCGCACCAUCGACUCCUACUAAAGACAACGAUGCCAGAGAACCGGAGGCCACCCCCACAAACCUUGCGCCGCAAGAUGACAACACUCCGAGGGUGUCGUCGGAUGUCGUCAGAGAAAAGGGCUUUGACGCCCCGAGCUUCAACAACAAUCAGGAGGGUGACAACGUCAAGGAGGAGGAGGACACGGAGAAGAAGGGUAAGGAGACGACAGCACCAACGACGGGCGAGCAGCAGGCUACUACUACUGUUGCUGGCGAUGAAAACGUCACAGCACCUGCAUCAUCAUCUGCAUCAUCGUGA